AUGAAUGGGGAUUUAGCAGCUGGAAAGAUGGCUUCCUCCACCGGUCCCAUGGACCCCAUUGGCAGCCUGGAGCUCCUGGAUCUCCUGUUUGAUCAGCAGGACGGCAUCCUGAGACACGUGGAGCUGGGUGAGGGCUGGGACCACGCCGAGGACCAGGUCCUGCCAGGCCCAGACUCUGAUGAUUUCCUAAACUCCAUCCUGACUUCUGGAGACUCGGUGCCCAGCUCCCCGAUCUGGUCCCCUGCAGCCAGUGACAGUGGCAUCUCUGAAGACCUGCCCUCUGACCUCCCGGACACCCCUCCACGCAGUGGGGCGGCCGCCACCCCCACCAGCUGCCAUACCAUGGAGUCAGGAGAGGGGCUCUGCCCCUCCUACCAUCCUGGACUCCCCUGCCUUGCCAGUCCCCCGGGACCAGUGGCCCAAGUGCUGGAGACCUCUGUGGCCAUAGACCUGGAAAUGUGGAGCCCGGGCCUGUGUUCCGAGGAGCAGGUUGAGUUGAUGGACCAGCCUCCAUCCUGCAACCUCACAGUGAAAGAUCUUCUUCUCUCCGGCAGCGGGGCCACCGACCUGCAACAGCAUCAAGUGGCAGCCCCCCACCUGCUGCGCGCCGGGGCUGAGCACUGCCAGGAGCUGGUGCUGACAGAGGAUGAGAAGAAGCUUCUGGCCAAAGAAGGCCUCACUCUGCCCACCCAGCUGCCCCUCACCAAGUACGAGGAGCGAGUGCUGAAAAAAAUCCGCCGGAAAAUCCGGAACAAACAGUCGGCCCAAGAAAGCCGGAAAAAGAAGAAGGAAUAUAUUGAUGGCCUGGAAACUCGGAUGUCAGCCUGCACUGCCCAGAACCAGGAGCUUCAGAGGAAGGUCUUGCAUCUCGAGAAGCAGAACCUGUCCCUCUUGGAGCAGCUGAAGAAACUCCAGGCCAUUGUGGUCCAGUCCACCAGCAAGUCGGCCCAGACGGGCACCUGCAUAGCGGUCCUGCUGCUCUCCUUUGCCCUCAUCGUCCUGCCCUCCAUUAGCCCUUUCGUCGCCAACAAAGCCGAGAACGCCGGAGACUACGCACCUGUUCGAGUUUUCUCCAGAACUUUGCACAACGACGCUGCAUCCCGCGUGGCCCCCGACGACAUACCAGGCUCCGAGGGCCCAGGACCACGGCCCGAGGAUGGCACAUCCCGGGAAGGGUCUCCAGGCAGCCCCACGGUGGACUGGGAAUCUCGGGGCAUGUCGGCUCUGGACAACUUGAUGAAGGGGCUGGACAACUCGACUCUGAUCCCAGACAACUCCACACUGAAGCUGAACGGGGCCACCCUGCUGGGCUGGACUGGGCCUGAGCCAGCACUCAGCUCUGGGUGGGUGGGAUUGGAGGCAGCAGGGGAGGAGCUGUGA